UUCAAACCCCCACCACCGCAAAGUCAACGUCUCUCUCUGACUCUCUCUCUCUCUUUGGAUGCUUCACCUCUUAUUCUUCUUCUUCUUGUCUACUCUUGAGCUUCCUUCUCUAUCUCUAUCUGGACAUGAAAUACACUGAAAGUGAUUUCAGUGCAUACCCAAAUAAAGCUUAAUAUUUUUUUUUUCUUCUUUUGAUUAGAGGUAUAUACUUAUUUUAUUUAAUAUUUUUGGUUUGAUGGGUAAUGAGAUUGGUAAACUCACGGUCUGUUUCACGGGAGCCGGAGAGGCUCGACGGAGACAUGACAUACCGGUGUUGAUAUCAGACCCGCUUGAUGAGGGCCUCGGUCACUCCUUCUGCUACGUCCGGCCGGAACCUACACCGCUUUCCUCCUCUAAAGUCCACUCCGACGAAACCAACACCUUCCGUACAAUCUCCGGUGCCUCCGUGAGCGCUAACACAUCGACGCCGCUCUCAACGGCCUUCAUAGAUCCUUAUGUGUAUAAUAGUAUUGACCGAGCUGCGGCUUUUGAGAGCUCAACUUCUUUCUCUUCAAUUGCUUUGCAACCAAUCCCGAGAAAUUUUGUCGGCUCCAUCAAUUCGGGUCCUUUGACAGGGAAUUCGGGUCUUCUUCCGGGUUCGGGUCCACUGGAGAGGGGAUUCAUGUCGGGUCCAAUUGAGAGGGGAUUUAUGUCGGGUCCGUUGGAUCGUGGGUUGUUCUCGGGUCCUCUUGAAAAGGGCAGUUCUGAUCAGUUUCAAAGGAGCUUCUCUCAUGCGGGUUUCCCUUUCAGACCCAGAUCGACGAAGAGGUCACUGAUUCGAGUCCUGCGAAGAGCCAUAUCCAAAACGUUAUCUCGUGGGCAGAACUCAAUGGUGACUCCUAUAAAAGGCGUUAUUAAAGAACCAGAUUGGAUUAUGAAUCCAGAGAAGCAGCACAAUGAGAAUUUUACUGUGAAUAGCAUUAAUUUGAGUAGCGAUGGUAAUUUAGAGGAUGAUGAUUAUUUGGAGAGCCAAAAUCUUCAGUGGGCACAAGGGAAAGCAGGGGAGGAUCGUGUACAUGUUGUUGUUUCAGAGGAACAUGGAUGGGUUUUUGUUGGGAUUUAUGAUGGGUUCAAUGGCCCAGACGCGACUGAUUAUCUUUCCUCCAAUCUGUACUCUGCUGUGCAUAAGGAGGUCAAAGGAUUGCUGUGGGAUGAUAAGUUUGAGUCUGCUAAAAUCUCUGCCCCUGCUUCUUCCCCUGUUCGAUCAGAAGAUAUUAAUUCAAUUGAAAAUACUAAUUCAAGAUUAGAAACUGUGUUGCAAAGUAAUGAAACCGAUAGGAAUUUCGGAAAUGAUGAAUGUUGGCAGUUCUCGGACCAAGAGAAUUAUCCAUGUGCUGGCCAUGAUACGAGUUUCGAUUCCAAUUCCAAGAGAAAAAGGAUUUCCGUGGGGAAGUAUAGAGGUGCUGCCAAGAAAUGGGAGGAGAAUCAGAUGAGAUGGAAGUGUGAAUGGGAUAGGGAAAGAAUAGAGCUCGAUAAGAGAUUAAAGAUGCAAUUGAAUCGAUCUGGGUCUGACAAUGGAGCUAUAAAUCAUGCAGAUGUGUUAAAAGCUCUGUCCCAGGCUUUGAAGAAAACAGAGGAAGCAUAUUUGGAUAUCGCUGAUAAGAUGUUAAUGGAGAAUCCGGAGUUGACUUUGAUGGGUUCGUGUGUGCUUGUGAUGUUAAUGAAGGGAGAAGAUGUGUAUGUGAUGAAUGUGGGUGAUAGUCGAGCAGUGUUAGCCCAAAAAGCAGAGCCAGAUUAUUGGCUGGGGAAGAGUAGACAGGACUUGGAGAGGAUCAAUGAGGAAACAUUGCAUGAUCUGGAGACUGAUGAAUGUGAAAGAAAGAAUUCACUACCCACUUUGACUGCAUUUCAGCUUAGUGUUGAUCAUAGCACCAAUGUUGAAGAGGAAGUUCAAAGAAUAAGAUCUGAGCAUCCUGAUGAUGCUUGUGCCGUGGUGAAUGAGCGUGUGAAAGGUUCAUUGAAGGUCACUAGGGCUUUUGGUGCAGGUUUUCUCAAGCAGCCUAAAUGGAACGAUGCACUUCUAGAGAUGUUCAGAAUAGACUAUAUUGGCAAUUCUCCGUACAUAAAUUGUUUACCAUAUCUCUGCCACCAUAGACUAGGCCCAAAAGAUAGGUUUCUGAUUCUUUCAUCCGAUGGGCUUUAUCAAUACUUUACAAAUGAAGAAGCGAUCAACGAAGUUGAACUUUUCAUAGCAUUGCAACCUGAAGGGGAUCCAGCACAGCAUCUGGUUGAGGAGGCGCUCUUCCGUGCAGCUAAGAAAGCUGGUAUGGAUUUUCAUGAAUUGCUUGAAAUACCACAAGGUGAUCGACGGCGAUACCAUGAUGAUAUUUCCAUCAUCGUUAUUUCUUUAGAGGGGAGGAUAUGGAGAUCAUGUGUAUAAGUUUUAUAAACCACAGAUAGAAGAUAUAGAGGUAUCUGCAACCAUAAAAAAAAUGUCAGGCAUUUCCUUUUUGCCAUUUCUUUCUUUUUUCCUGUUCAUCUCUGUAGCAACAAUUAAGCUCCAGGAAAUGAGCUUCUUAGGAACUUACUUGUGCAUUGUAGUGGGUGGUGAGGAGUGUAAAGUUGUAAAAGCAGCUUUUUGUUGAUUUUAAACUGUCAUAGAAAAUUGUAAUUUUCUACUAAUAAAUGACAUUCCUUUUGAAAAGGGUUUUGUUCCA